AUGUCCUUGAAUUCAGAUAAUAACGAGGACAAUAUUACUCAACAAAUCGGUCCCGUGUUGAAAAAAUUUAAUUUUGACAAGGUCAAUUAUCUUGAUGAAGAUGCCGUCAAUAACAAUCCCCAACCUUUGUCCAUGAACCUUAUCACCAUUAACUUUAGUAUUUAUUACAAUUUUGUGAAACAGAUCAAGUUGUUUUUUGAAGAGCUUAUCACGGCAUUAGUGGAUGCAAAUUAUAUGUAUGAAAGACCUAGUCCAGAGUAUAUGGAGAAUUUGUUGGAAAAAGUCCGUCAAAGAUACGGGUUUGAGUUUAUUCAAGUUGAAAGAGUUAUUGAUGAAUUUGGACCUGAUUUACUAUUCUGGAUGGUUACCAUACCAUUGAGGUCAUUCCGAAAUGAAAUUCCUAGUUUGAUUGAAAGUGUAAUUCAUGACGUGAUGAUUUCGAAUAGAGGAAGAAUGGAAGGAUUUGGUGCUACCCCAAGAUCGGUGAGAGAAAUACUGAGUCCAAGUCGAGCUACGCUCACCAUAGAAGGUAACACAAGAGAUGAGCAAGUCUCGAUUCAGGUCAAUCAAUCACUGAUAAAACUCGAGUAG